UCUUCCUCCUCUUUGCAGAUCUAGUUCUUUCUGUGACCUCCUCCUCUUCCUCAGCAGCAGCAGAAGAAGAAGAAGAAGAAGACGUUUCAGGAUGUCUGCAGGGCUGGAGUUGAUUGGUAUCUCUCUGGGGAUUCUGGGAUGGAUUAUUGCCAUCGCGGCGUGCGCCCUGCCCAUGUGGCGGGUGACGGCCUUCAUCGGCAGCAACAUCGUGACGGCGCAGAUCAUCUGGGAGGGCCUGUGGAUGACCUGCGUGGUGCAGAGCACGGGCCAGAUGCAGUGUAAGGUCUACGACUCCAUGCUGGCCCUGUCCCAGGACCUGCAGGCCGCCCGCGCCCUCACCGUCAUCUCCAUCCUGCUCGCCAUCCUCGCCGUGCUCAUCGCCAUCGCCGGCGCCAAGUGCACCAACUGCAUCGAGGACGAGGCGUCCAAGGCCAAGGUGAUGAUCAUCUCCGGGGUCUUCUUCAUCGUCUCCGGGGUCAUGCAGCUCAUCCCCGUGUCCUGGUCGGCCAACACCAUCAUCAGGGACUUCUACAACCCGCUGCUCACCGACGCCCAGCGGCGGGAGCUGGGCGCCGCCCUCUACAUCGGCUGGGCGGCGGCCGCCCUCAUGAUUCUCGGCGGCAGCCUCCUCUGCUGCUCCUGUCCUCCACGGGAGACCAGGUACAACCCGUCCAGGAUGGCGUACUCGGCCCCCCGGUCCGCCGGAGGCCCCGGGCUGGAGAGGAAAGACUACGUAUGAGCGACGGGGGGAAAAGGAAGUGAACUGCUCGGACUGAGGGAGCACUGAGGGAACAAGGAGACAAGGAAGCAAGGAGACUCCACGAUGAAGGAUGUGUUUGAAGUCACCUGUAGUGUUUAGGAAUCUGUGAAUGAGGCUCUUUGUUUUUCUGAGGCUGUAAAAGUUCACAAAGGACAUUUGAGUGGAAUUUCUAUUUUUUAGCUUUAAAACUAAAUAAAUAUCCUCAGUGCCUUUUUUUAUUUUUUACAUCAACACAAUAAUAAUGAUUGUACAAUCACUUUCUUUUUUUUAAACAGAGUCCAGGCUCCCUUCAUGUUUACGACUGAACAUUUUUUUUAUAACCGUUACUGCUUCAUGUGUCACCACCUUCAUAAUAAAAGCACUUCUGGAAACUGAAUGGACGAACUUCACGAUCAUCGACAGGUUCACACGCUGUAAAUACUGUUUGAAAAAAUCAUGAAUAACCUGUAACGACUUGUAGUAACUGUUUUAAACGCAGCUUUUUGUGCAGUGGAGUUGAGGAUGUGUG